AGAGACUGUAGCCGUGGAGACUGUUACUUACCAACGGGGACCAACACGCAGCAGCCUCCGCUGCCUCCGCGGGAGCCGCUGCCCGAACUCCCGGCCGGAACUCCAGAACUGAGCAUGCAGAAUUCAGAGAGUGGAUCGGAGUCUCCAGCUUCCGUGGCUCUGCGUCCGUCAGCAGCAGCCCAGCCCGUGCCAGCCUCCCCACAGAGGGUGUUGGUCCAGGCAGCCAGCUCUGCCCCCAAAGGGGCCCAGAUGCAGCCCAUUUCUCUCCCCAGAGUUCAGCAGGUGCCACAGCAGGUUCAGCCCGUGCAGCACGUGUACCCUGCCCAGGUGCAGUACGUGGAGGGGGGAGAUGCCGUCUACACGAACGGGACCAUACGAACGGCCUAUACCUACAACCCUGAGCCUCAGAUGUACGCCCCCAGUAGCGCAGCUUCUUACUUCGAGGCCCCGGGUGGCACCCAGGUGACAGUGGCAGCCUCAUCCCCACCCACGGUGCCCUCCCACAGCAUGGUGGGCAUCACCAUGGAUGUCGGGGGCAGCCCCCUCGUCUCCAGCGCAGGAGCCUAUCUCAUCCACGGGGGCAUAGACGGCGCACGACAUUCCCUGGCCCAUACCUCCCGGUCAUCACCAGCCACGCUUGAAAUGGCGAUUGAAAACCUCCAAAAAAGCGAAGGAAUCACAUCACACAAAAGCGGUUUACUCAACAGCCAUCUCCAGUGGCUGUUAGACAAUUACGAAACCGCAGAAGGUGUGAGUCUGCCCAGGAGUUCUCUGUACAACCACUACCUUCGCCACUGCCAAGAGCACAAGCUGGACCCCGUGAAUGCAGCCUCCUUUGGGAAACUGAUCCGUUCUGUGUUUAUGGGGCUAAGGACACGGCGGUUGGGCACCAGGGGCAACUCAAAGUAUCAUUAUUAUGGGAUCCGCCUGAAGCCAGACUCCCCCCUGAACCGACUACAGGAAGACACCCAGUAUAUGGCCAUGCGGCAGCAGCCCCUGCACCAGAAGCCCAGGUACCGGCCAGCUCAGAAGACAGACAGCCUCGGGGACAAUGGCUCCCAUAGCAGCCUGCACAGCACACCUGAGCAGGCCAUGGCUGCACAGAGCCAGCACCACCAGCAGUACAUAGAUGUCUCCCAUGUCUUCCCAGACUUCCCAGCACCUGACCUGGACAGUGUCCUGUUGCAAGAGAGCCUCACCCUGCAUGAUGUCAAGGCCCUGCAGCUGGCAUACAGACAGCACUGCGAGGCAACUCUAGAUGUUGUGAUGAACCUCCAGUUCCACUACAUUGAGAAGCUGUGGCUGUCCUUCUGGAACUCUAAGGCCUCCUCCAGUGAUGGCCCAACCCCUCUACCUGCCAGUGAUGAAGAGCCUGAAGGCACCGUCCUGCCCAAGGACAAGCUCAUCUCCCUGUGUAAACAUGACUCCAUCCUCAAAUGGAUGAGGAGCUGUGACCACAUCCUCUACCAGGCCCUGGUGGAGAUUCUCAUCCCCGAUGUGCUGCGGCCAGUCCCCAGUACCUUGACACAGGCAAUACGGAAUUUUGCCAAGAGCUUGGAAGGCUGGUUAACGAAUGCUAUGAGUGACUUCCCACAGCAAGUCAUCCAGACCAAGGUUGGUGUUGUCAGUGCCUUUGCCCAGACUCUGCGGAGAUACACAUCCCUCAAUCAUCUAGCUCAGGCAGCCCGGGCAGUUCUUCAAAACACAUCCCAGAUCAACCAGAUGCUCAGCGACCUUAACCGCGUGGACUUCGCCAAUGUGCAGGAGCAAGCCUCUUGGGUCUGCCAGUGUGAAGAAAGCGUGGUACAGCGGCUAGAGCAGGACUUCAAGCUGACUCUGCAACAGCAGAGCUCCCUGGACCAGUGGGCCAGCUGGCUGGACAAUGUGGUCACCCAGGUCCUGAAGCAGCAUGCAGGCAGCCCCAGCUUCCCCAAGGCUGCCCGGCAAUUCUUGCUGAAAUGGUCCUUUUACAGCUCCAUGGUGAUCCGGGACCUGACCCUGCGCAGUGCCGCCAGCUUCGGCUCCUUCCACCUCAUCCGCCUGCUAUACGACGAGUACAUGUUCUACCUGGUCGAGCACCGCGUGGCUGAGGCCACCGGGGAGACACCGAUCGCUGUGAUGGGGGAGUUCAAUGAUCUCGCCUCCCUAUCACUGACGCUGCUUGACAAAGACGACCUUGGUGAUGAGCAGCAUGGCAAUGAGGCCGACCUGGACCCCCCCAGCCUUGGAGAACCCCUGGUGAAGCGGGAGCGCAACGACCCUAACCACACCCUGCAGGGCAUCUAACACCCACAGUCGCCUCCCGAGAGGUUCCGAAGAUGUUGCCCAGCCACUCUGAGAACCUGGACUUCACCAGCUCUAUCACAUUCGUGCCUCUUAGAUGAUGUGAUGUUUACUCUGACUCAAGGGAGGCUCCCAGGGUUAGUGCCCUUAAAGGACAAGGUACUGUUCAAGAAGAAUGGAGUUGUAGCUGCAGAAGCUCACAGUAGGCUCCCACUGCCCAUGGCCGUGUUCUGGGCUUCCAAGUGCCUGAGCAGCCCUCCAGGGGCUUAUUCAAGACAAAGUGUCCCCUGACAGAAUUGUGAACUUUGGCCAGAGUCCCUAAAGGGUUGUGCUGAGAGCAUUGGUCCCUCCAUUCAGCUGAUACCAGUUUUCAACAUGAUUUAAAAGAAAAAUUUGCAGAGUCUAGGAAGGAAGGGACAGCCUCUGCCCCGCUUGUCCUGCCAUUGUUGAACAGGUACAGAGCUCGCCAGCAUCCAUGGGGUCCCCUCAGGAAUCAAAAGCCGAGUGUCGUCACUCUGGUGCCUCUGUCAGGAAAGAAUGGACCCAUCUCAGCAGCUGUACCUCAUAGCCUUUCGUGAACAGGCCAUCCUCUGCUUCCCACCCUGCCUGACUCUGCUGGGGCAGGGAGGCCAGUGGCCCAUGGGAGGUAGAUCCCUAGGCACCAAAGGAUUGUACUGAAGCAGCUGGCAAUCCCACUGUCCAUGGCCGGAUCAACAGCCUAAAAAAGAACAAACCAUGGAUACAGUCCCACUCGUGCCAAGACACAAUAGCGUCUUUUUAAAAAUUAAAGCCAGAAGUUUUAUCAGCAACAAAACAGUUGUGGAGUUCGGUCCAGUUCACAGUCAACACCAAGCCAAACUGCUGGCUCUGGAAUCAGUUGUUCCAGGUGGUCAGCAUGAAUGGCCUUUGGAAGGCAGCCACCCCACAGGUACAAACAAGGUGCCUGUGACCACUCUGUGUAGUCUUCUAGAAUGCCUCCCUCUGAAUUCACUAUCCUGGGGUACUCUGACCCACCUCAACCUCUUCAGAGUCAAAACUCUUUGGGGACAAACAAACACCCUUAACUUUAGAUGCUCCAAAUUUGCCUCCAUGGAAAUACGUAGCUGUCGCACUUGGUUAGCUACGUGCAGGAGUCCUGAGUGAGGAAGACAGACCUUGGUCUAGGAAGCACCAUCUAAUGAAAUGCAGUAGUUUCUCUUUUUGGAAAUAUGUUUAUACCAAUAGUUUUGUGCUCUAAUUGUUAUUAGAAUGUU